AUGUAUCUCGUCGCUCGACUCCUCACUGGAAUUGCGACUGGACAGACUGUUGUUGCUAUGCCAAUUUACUUUGCGGAGAUCGCAUCACCCAACUCCCGUGGCCUUAUGGCUGGUGCGCAUGGCUGUUUUAUCAAUGUGGGAUACGCGGUCUCCAAUUGGGUCGGUACCUUCGGCUGGAGAUUUCCAAAUGCGAUUCUUGUUUUCUGGGCUCUUUGUCUUCUCAUUGGGACAUUAUUCAUUCCCGAGAGUCCUCGCUGGCUCUGCAGUCGUUCUCGGCACGAAGAAGCCCUACAGGUCCUGUGUCGACUUCAUAAUCAACCUGAUGAUCAGCAAGGUAGCUUCGCUUAUCAAGAGCUAGAACUGAUACAGGAGAGAAUGCUUCGUGAUCGCGCAGAGAGCGACCGCUACGGAAAAUGGCAGCUUUUCACGCAGCCGACAUACCGAAAACGCAGCAUCCUCGCAGCAAUGGUUCUUGCUGGGUCACAAAAUACAGGAGUUCUGGUCAUUAACAACUAUAACGCCCUAUUGUACCAGUCCCUUGGUCUGUCAAACGCUCAAGCACUUCUGGUUAGCGCUGGGUAUAAUACCUGGGGAAUGGUAUGCAACUGUAUAGGUGCCAACGUAUCGGAUCGUUUUGGCAGACGCAAGCUUCUAAUCACUGGAUUCGGCAUGACUGGAAUCAUGAUUACAGUAGCAACAGCGCUAAUUGCGAAAUACACCGAGACUCAGUCAAAAACGUAUGCAGCUGCUUCUGUAGUUAUUCUAUACCUAUACGUGGCUUGUUACGGCUCUUGCAUUGAUGUCAACGUGUUUACGCUGGUUACCGAAAUAUUCCCAUCCCAUCUCCGAGCACAAGGGACUGGACUUGCAACAGCGUUGUUCUUCUUAACUGAUAUCCUAUGGCUUCAAUUAGAGCCCACAGCCACAGGACGUAUUGGAUGGAAGUAUUACCUUGUUUUCAUCUGCCUGUGUGUCGUACACACUGUCUACCUCUACUUUCAGCUGCCUGAGACUUCAGGCGUUGCACUGGAAACGAUAGAUGCUGUUUUUGGAAAAGAAACCCUUCCCAGUCCCUGCGAUAAUGACCGGGAGCCCAAAUCGGAUGAGGAAAGAAUAGAAAUCCGGUAA